AUGGAGGAGUUUGACUGCGUGAUUGUUGGUGCUGGAUGUCACGGGCUAGCUGCUGCCCAACAGUUCCAUUACACUCAGCUUGACAGCUCGGUGGUCAUCCUCAAUGCUCAGGGAUCUCUAGGUGGAACAUGGGCAGAAGAACGUCUGUACCCUACCUUGAAGAGCAAUAAUCUCCUUGGGACCUACGAGUACCCUGGGUUCCCAAUGAGCAAUGACAAGUUCGACGUCAAACCCGGACAGCAUGUCAAAGCAGCAGCUCUCAACUCUUACCUGAAAGCAUAUACAGAGCAUCACGAGAUAGCUGAUCUCAUACGCUUCAAUUACAAGGUGCUGUCUGCCAAACACCAGGACAUGGACGUCGGAGGUUGGGUUUUGACUAUUGCGGUCGAGGAGGGGGAGAAGACGGCCUUUGCUCGCCACGUGAUAAUCACAAUUGGACUGACUUCGAAUGAAUUUCUCCCGUACUUCGACGGACAAGAAGACUUCUGA